CUUUUUUUUUUUGGUGUUUAGGGGAAAUUCAUUCUUCUGUUCUUUUUCAGAGAUUCUUGAUAAAACCCCCAUUGUUUGUUGUUGUUGUUGUUGUUGUUGGUUUUUCUUUUUUUAUCAUCAACAUGCGAUCGGAGCACAACAAUGGUGUUAAUCCACUGAAGCGAAGCUUCAGUCAGAUGAGCUCAGACCCACCUGAUGCCAUGGCAGUGGACAACAAUGAUCUCUUUGAGAAAGACCCUUCUUCACCUCCUUGUUCAAAUCCCAAGGACUUGGUCCCAAGAGGGUAUCAAUUGAGGGUAUAUGAGGUUGCUAAGAAGAGGAAUACAAUAGCAGUACUGGAUACAGGUGGGGGGAAGACAAUGAUAGCUGUGAUGUUGAUCAAGGAUGUUGCUCAAGCUGUAAAGUCUAGUGGAAAUAAAAAGUUAAUUAUUUUCUUGGCACCCACCGUUCAUCUUGUUCACCAGCAAUUUGAUUAUAUAAAGCUUCAUACAAAUUUGGAAGUUGAGCAGUACUUUGGAGCCAGGGGAAUUGAUGGAUGGAACCUAAGUUGCUGGGAGAAAGAAAUAAGGGAGCAUGAGGUUAUGGUCAUGACACCCCAGGUUCUACUGGAUGCCUUGAGAAAAGCAUUUUUGAGUCUAAAGAUGGUAUGCUUAAUCAUAAUAGAUGAGUGCCAUCAUGCUACAGGAAAUCAUCCUUAUGCAAAAAUAAUGAAGGAAUUUUAUCAUAAAUGUAUUAACAAGCCAAAGAUUUUUGGAAUGACAGCAUCACCGGUGGUUAGAAAAGGUGUCUCAUCAGCCAUGGAUUGUGAGGGUCAAAUAUCCGAACUUGAAAGCAUUUUGGAUAGCCUGAUUUGUACUAUUGAAGAUAGAAAAGAGAUGGAAGCUCAUGUUCCAUCUGCAAAAGAAUAUUGUAGAUUUUAUAAUCCAGUAGUAUUUUCAAGUUUGGAUUUGAAAGAAAAGAUAGAAGCCUCAUGGUUCAAGUUUGAUUCUUUAUUGCAAGCAUCAGUGCAAGAAAUGGAUGAUAAACUUAAGAAACUGCAACAGCGAUUAUCCAACGACCAUGCUAAGAUUUUGCAUUGCCUUGACAGUCUGGGCCUCAUAUGUGCUUCUGAGGCUAUUAAAGUGUGUCUAGAGAAUGCCCCCGACACCACAGAUGAGUGUGAAACUUACAGAAAAAGUUCAUUACUGUGUAAAAAUUUCCUUGAGGAAGUGCUACAUGUGAUUGGUGAAUCUCUGCCUCUUGGUGAUCAUAAUUUUUUGGAUUCUGAGGUCAACUACUUAAAUGCAGUUCCUAUGGGCUAUAUAUCUCCGAAAUUAUUUGAACUUAUUCAACUUUUUCAGUCAUUUGGAGAAGAUUGCCAAGUAUUAUGCCUCAUUUUUGUUGAAAGAAUUGUUACUGCCAAAGUAAUUGAAAGAUUUCUGAAGAAAGUACACUGUUUAUCGCAUUUCACAGUUUCAUAUUUGACUGGAAGUAGUACAUCAGUUGAUGCUCUGGCACCAAAAAUGCAGAAGGAAACAUUGGAGUCAUUUCGUUCUGGAAAGGUCAAUCUGUUAUUUGCAACUGAUGUACUUGAGGAGGGUAUUGAUGUUCCGAGCUGCUCUUAUGUUGUACGUUUUGACCUGCCCAAAACAGUCCAGAGUUAUAUCCAAUCUAGAGGACGGGCUCGGCAGAAUAAUUCCCAGUUUGUGACGAUGCUUGAGAGGGGAAAUGUGGAACAGAGAGAUCAGAUGUUUAAGAUUAUCAGGAGUGAGUAUUUGAUGAUUAACACAUCUGUAAAUAGAGACACCAACACAAGUCUUCCUAAGGCAUGUAACAUUGAGGAAACAAACUCAUAUGUUGUAGAUGCCACAGGAGCUUCUGUUACUGCAGAUUCUAGCGUUGGCCUCAUAAAACAAUAUUGUGAAAAGCUCCCUAAUGAUGAGUCCUAUACACCAAAGCCGAGUUUUCAUUUGUCAAUUUCAGAAGGGCUACUAGACAAUCAUCUUCUCCCAUUAGUUGAAAUGCCUUCCAAAGAUGAUAAUAACAUGACAAGCAAAGAUUCUGAUUCAGGUGCAGGAACAACAAAAAGGAAGGAACUACAUGGGACAACUCAACUUCGUGCAUUGUCUGGAAGUUGGGCCGGUAAACUUGACAGUACCAUUUUCCACGCCUACAAAUUUGACUUUUACUGCAACAUUGUUACCGAGGUUUAUUCUGGAUUUGUUCUUCUGCUUGAGUCGAAGCUUGAUGAUGAUGUGGGAAACCUGGAAUUGAAUCUUUACUUGGUCUCAAAGAUGGUUAAGACAUCUGUUUCUUCAUGUGGCUAUGUGCAAUUGGAUGCCGAACAGAUGAUGAAAGCAAGGUGCUUUCAGGAAUUUCUCUUUAAUGGCUUGUUUGGGAGGUUAUUUGUUCGGUCAAAGUCAUCUGAACUUCGAGAGUUUCUUCUGCAGAAUGACACAAGCUCUUUAUGGAGUGCCUCAAACAUGUAUUUGCUUCUACCACUUGAGAGUUCUCCCACUGAUCAAUGGAAAAUAAAUUGGAUGGCUAUCAAUGCUUGUUGUUUUGCAACAGAAUUUUUAAAGAGAAAUUCAUUAUUGAAUUCUGAAAGGCAUGAUGGUAAUGGGGACAAUAAAUCACCCAGUAAAACCUUUUUGCACGAGACAGACUGCAAGGUGGAAAAUGUGAUCCACUUCGCUAAUGAAUCAGUUGAUAGAAAUAUACUCAAAAACAUGGUAGUACUCGCUGUUCACACUGGAAGAAUUUACUCUAUCCUUGAAUUAUUGAAUGACACAUCUGCUGAGAGUCCUUUUGAUGGUAAUGAUGAUGCUGCCCAACCUGAGUAUGCCAGCUUUGCUGAGUACUUCAACAAAAAGUACCAGAUUGUGUUGAGGUACCCGGGACAACCUUUACUUCUGUUAAAGCAGAGUCAUAACCCACACAACCUUCUUGUGAGUUUUUGUGAUGAAGGUGCUUAUUCUAAGGCACGCUUUCGUGCUUAUAUGCCACCUGAGCUUUUGUUGAGGAUUGAUGUGCCGAUUAGUGUUCUAAAAUCAAUGUACUUACUACCAUCCUUGAUGCACCGUAUUGAGACACUAAUGUCAGCCAGCCAACUAAGAGAAGAGAUUAAUUGUGGUUCAAACAAGUUCAAUAUAUCAAGCUCGUUGAUUCUUGAAGCGCUUACAACACUUAGAUGUUGUGAAAGUUUUUCUAUGGAGAGACUGGAACUACUUGGGGAUUCUGUCCUAAAAUAUGCUGUGGGCUGCCAUCUUUUUCUUAGAUAUCACGAGAAAAAUGAAGGGCAACUCUCUGCACAGCGUUCAUUGGCUGUUCGCAAUUCAACCCUGUAUAAAUUGGGAACAGACCGUAAAUUACAGUUAUAUAUACGAGAUGGUGCAUUCGAUCCCCGUCGUUGGGCUGCUCCAGGGCAGCAAUCUUUACGGCCAGUUCCUUGUGAGUGUGGGGUGGACACUUUAGAAGUUCCUCCAGAUCCAAAAUUUCAAACUGAAGACCCAAAAAUUAAGGUAGGGAAAUGCUGUGAUCGGGGUCACAGAUGGAUGGGAUCAAAAACUAUAUCAGACUGUCUAGAAGCCCUAGUAGGUGCAUACUACGUUGAUGGUGGACUGCCAGCUGCACUUCAUGUGAUGAAGUGGCUGGGUAUUGAUGCAGAACUUGAUCCUGCAUUAGUAGUUGAAGCCAUUAAUCGUGCAUCUGUGCAAUCUUAUGCCCUCCAAACCAAUGAAAUCAACAUUUUAGAGUCAAAGCUUGGGUACAAUUUUUCUAUUAAGUUUUUCCUACAAGAGGCAAUUACACAUACAUCGCUUCAUGAAUCCUUCUGUUACCAGAGGCUUGAAUUCCUUGGUGAUUCUGUAUUGGACUUGCUUAUCACCCGAUAUCUCUACCAGAAACACACGGAUAUAGAUCCGGGGGAGCUGACUGACUUGCGCUCAGCAUCAGUUAAUAAUGAUAAUUUUGCCCAAGUUGCUGUGCGCCAUGACCUUUAUAAGCAUCUUCAACACUCUUCCACCAAACUAGUUAAUCAAAUAGAAGAAUACAUAAAGUCCUUCAACUCUUGUAACACCCCCAGCUCUGGUCCCGACCUGAAAAGUCCUAAGGCUCUUGGAGACCUGGUUGAAAGUAUUGCCGGAGCAAUUUUGGUUGAUAGCAAGCUUAAUCUUGAUGAAGUUUGGAGAAUAUUUGAACCACUUUUAUCUCCAAUUGUAACCCCUGAUAAACUCGUGCUCCCUCCACAUCGGGAGCUUAUUGAGUUAUGUGAUUCUCUUGGAUACUUUAUCAAAGAAAACUGUAUAACUAAGGGGGAAAUGGUGCAUGCCGAGCUUAGGUUACAGCUUGAUGAUGUCUCUUUGGUAGGAGAAGGACAUGAUCAAAACAGAAAGGCUGCAAAAGGAAAAGCAGCUUCAUGUCUCCUGAAGAAACUUGAGGAAAGAGGAAUCAAGAGGAGGAAACAGGGUCCCAAUAAUUGUUCUAACUCAAAUCAAACAACUGAUGAUGACUCAAUACAACCAGUGAGCCAGAAAAAGCAAAAGAAAACCGGAAUCCAAUUGCCUGCACAAUCAACUGAAGCUCUUCCCGUUGCAGAUGAUUCUUCUAACAAAGCAUGUAGUCACAAUGACAUCCCAGUUAUCCCAGCAAUCAGCACCAAGAAAGGAGGACCUAGAACCUGCCUUUAUGAGCUUUGUAGGAGACAGCAGUGGCCGAUGCCUACCUUCACAACAGCAGAAAAUAAAUAUCGAGCUCAAAUGGAGUUUGGAGCAGGUGCUGAAAAAAGGAAGGGUUUUAUUGGUUUUACAUCGAAAAUUACCUUGCGUGUACCAAACUCCGGCGUUAUUGAGUGUGAGGGAGAUGAGAAUGCUGAUAAGAAGAGCUCGUGUGACUCUGCUGCAUAUGUCAUGCUUCAUGAACUCCAACAACGAGGUCAGCUCAUCAUUGGUGAGUGAAUACUAGCAAGCCGUCCAUUUCCUGGGUAAUUUUCUGACAAAAAACUGCUAGGCAAAUUUCUAACCUUGCCUUGAGAUUGUUUACUAAAUGUACAUCUCCGUUCAAGCAUUGCAUUUGUUCUUGCGCUAGUUUGGAUUGAGAAACAGAUUUGGAUCAUUGUAUAUUUUUUCUGUCAAUUUUCUAUAAAUAAUAAUGCAAUUC